GGUGAGGCCUCCUCAAGGUUGCCGUCUUCCUUGUCGCAUCCUCCGACAGUUGCGAUGGACUGUAUAAAUCUCUGCUCGCUCUUCUCAGAUGUUCUCUCCAACUCUCUCUGGCUGGUUUGAUGCGGGAUCUUCAUUAAGAUCAACAGAAGAUGCAACGUGUCUAGUUGGCUGGUCUUUAGCGGCUUGGACAUUGACCCGGACCAUCUCCAAGCUCUUAAAAUAGACUAAGGUCUUGGUCAGUACUCUCUCAGAACUAUGCUUCUAGCAGAUGGUGUCUUGGUGAAUUGGUUCAAAUGAUGGAGUACAAGAAUGGCAGAGGACAUGUAGUCUUGCCUAUACUUUACAAAGUGGAAACAAAGGAUGUGGAGCACCAAUUGGGGAUGUCAGCGGAGAGAUUUUGGUCCCGUAAGAAGCAUUUGGAUGAAAAGGUUGUGGAUGAAUGGGAGGAAGUGUUCACAGAAAUUACUUCCCUAAAAGGAUGGGAUUCCAGGAAAGAUGUCAACAGGUUGUGGGUCUAUGACGAAGCCUUUAAAGUGCUAGAGAAUAAUGAGGUUGUUUCUGAAUUAAAGUGGAUUGAGUGGAAUGGAUGUCCUUUUGUUGUGAUUAAUAUGUAUCUUGAGAAUAGAAUUUCAAUCAUGGGAAUUGAAAAUAUUCAAGACAAAGGCGGAGAACAAGCUUGGACAAAAUGUUGACCAAGAUGGCCCGGUAACACUCUAUUUGUGAUUCAUGUAUUCGGCAUAUGCUCCAGCUGAAUGAUUGGGUUGUCCUAUAAGUCAAUAAAUUGGAAGUAGAUCAAGAUUUCUUCAUGCCAUACAAUUGUUAGAAAUACCUUCUCUGCCAGCUAGGAUGAUUGAACUGAAAUAUCACUUGCGUAAGUCAUUGUCAUCUAAUUUUUUGGCA